CGCACGCGACCGAGUUAUUUGUCAGGGAUUUUCGACACGAGCUUCUCUCUCUCUCUCUCUCUCUCUCUCUCUCUCUCUCUCUCUCUCUCUCUCUCUCUUACACGCACACACACAUUCACACGCACUGACACACACACGCGCGAUCUGUUUGUGCGACGCACUUGCGCCUGUGUUGUGCUUCAUAAAGUGAAGAUGUGAAGGCGAACUUUCCUUGGCUCCGGUCACGAGCGUGAGAGAAACGUGAGUCCGCGACAUGCGCGUGCUUUAACGGCCUGAUUGAGACGUCUCCUUUUGACCAACAGAUUCUCAAAAGGGAGUAUGCACCCAUUUCACCAUGCCUUUGCCAUCCUGUUGGCUGCUCCGGCACUCUGUGGUCAUGUGCUUGCUGCUGCACAGCUUGGUGUUGAUGACACUCUGCUUCCACCACGCAGCCACCUCCUGCUCCAAUCGUUGCUACUGCUCUGAGAGCGAGGGUCCAUCCGGGGGCAAGACCAUGAGGUGCAGCAACCUACACCUCACCGAGAUCCCACAGGACAUCCCAAAUGACACGCGGCGCCUCUACCUUGACUACAACAUGCUGACCAGUGUCCCUGCCAAUGCCUUUCAAGAUCUUCCUCUUCUGGCAGAACUCGAUCUUUCCCACAACAAGCUGGCAAUCCUUGAGCCUGGAGCUUUCCAUGGCCUGGGUGCAUCUUUGCUGUUCUUGGAUCUAUCCUCCAACCAGCUGGCCACACUGGACCCCGAAGCUUUUGAAGACGUGAGGGCUCGAUCCAAUCUGACCGGUAACCCCUGGCACUGUGACUGCCGGUUACAGACGGCACUUCCACGCCUCAAUCUGGAGCCUGUGUCUCUCACCGGCAUUGUUUGCCAAACAUCAGAGCCUGAGGACUCAGGUGCCCAAGGUGUGCCCUUUCUGCUGGCCAAAGACUUGGACCUAUGCGUGGUGCUUAAAAAGACCACAGAUGUGGCCAUGCUUGUGACCAUGUUUGGAUGGUUCUCCAUGGUCAUCUCCUACCUGGUCUACUAUGUGCGGCAUAAUCAAGAAGAUGCCAGGCGCCACCUGGAGUAUCUCAAGUCUCUGCCCAGCAGGCAGGGCAAGUCUGAGGAGUCUUCCACCACCACCAUUAGCACUGUGGUUUGACUGCAGACUUUUGCUAAAGGGGGAAGGUUCUCAGGCAAGCAAAGGGCAGUGGGUACACUCAGAUUCUAACCUGGAAGGGGAACCAACAUGUGUGCAAUCGUCUCUGGAAAUAAAUCGGCACAGUGGACUGCAACUCUCCAGACAAUCAGAAAGUGAAUGUAACCAGCCUUAAAAACAAACAUGGUGUCUUAGCAGCUGGAAAAAUCCUGCAGCAAGUCUUCCAUUUCAGGCUCGAACAUAAAGACAAACCCUCCUUGCCAGCAUAGCAAGAUAUUUGCAGGGGUCAUCUAAUCUUAUCCAAAUAAAUAAUUGAUCCAGGACCAGCCAGGCUCCAGUACUGCACUGGCAGAGUGGUUUAUCUAUUCGGAAUGCUUUUGAAAAGAAGACAAGUUGUUACUUUCCUUUGUGUUCCUCCAGUAAUUUUUUAAAAGGAUCCCCAUUUAUUUGCCAGAGCAUGUAGCAUAAAGAAAGCACUCUCUUCCAUUAUGGUAUUAACAUGAAAAUUUCUAAUGUUUAUUUCAAGGACUAUUGUACUGUAAGUUUUAUAAAAGAGCAAUGCAUUAACCUACACAUCAGUCCUUUUUGACAUUACGAAUAAAUGGUUAGUAAAAGUCAGUGUUUUGCUCUGAGAUGUACAUUUUGAUCAUUUUUAUCAGAACUUAAACAGAUCAUAUUGAAACAAAAACAAAGGACACCAGCUGAUCCAGAAUUUUUGAGGAGAAAUUACCACAAGUAAUUACCACGAGCUAUUUAUUUAUUUUAUCAUUAUUUUUAUCAUUAUCUGAUGAAGUACACAUUAAUCACAACUAAUGCAGUCAUUGAUUGUGUUGUUUCUAGUCCUGGUCCUGAAAUUUCCCCGCUCUGAAGAUAUUAGGGCUUUUCUGCUCUAACAGAGUUAAUCCAACUAAUUAAAGCCAAACAAUGACACUGUUUCAUCCGACUUAGAUGUCAUCUUGGAGCAGAGUCUGAUGUUCUUUCCCAUGUUCUCUCUAUGUCUAGGUGUUUUCUCCCACUUUCCAACAGGUGGAAUGGCUACACUAAACUGAUCCUUGAUGUGAAUGUAUAUGUCAGUGUGUGUAUUCUUGUUGACCUGUAAUGGACCAGAAUCCCAUCUAGUGUUCCUGGGAGAGGCUCCAGAGCCACCUCCACCCUGACAUGGAUGAUAGGCUUCCUUAAGAUGAACAAACAAGCCAAACAAUGGAUUUUGGCCAUUUGAUGCACAAAGCCUGACAAAACAUUUCAUCUAAUAAUUUUUGAUUGAGCUGCCAGAUAACUGAAUUAUUUGCAAAGGUGCCAUCAGCUUUGUUCACCUGUCUUGCAGAGUCACUGAAUCACCAAUCGAUAGCUCAUGUAGAAUUUCUGAAAUGUCCGUGUGUUACAAUGACUAUAAUUUGAUAGGGUUGUCACGUGAGCCAUGACAGAAACACACACACACAAGCCAUAAUUCUUCUCAUAUUCAGGUUUUCUUAAAGUUUAUUUUACUUAUAUUUUAUUUUUAGCUUUUCGAGGGUAAGGAUGGGAUUUUAGUAUGGGUCUAGGGAAAUUAGAGAUCACUGGUAUAUCUAUUUUUUUGGUUUGGGGGAAUUAGGCAUUUAGUUCAUGGUUUUGGGAUACUAGAUUUAGGUAUACAACAUUGGCAUGUCUAUUUGUUUAAUUUUGUUUUUUUGGGCAAUUAACAGCAAGACGGUUUUUUUAUUGUUUGGAAAAUUACAGGUGUACUGCUGUUGACUGUAGCAUUUUAAGUGAACCUAAACUGCAAACAAUAAGACUACAAACUAACUACUGUAUUAUCAACAUAGAAAUUUCAGGGAAAACUUCUGUGUAUUCAGAGUUGAGUUUCACAUAUGAUUAAUUCCUAGUCAAACUUAUACCAUUCACUUUACAUGUAGUUCACAUCUCUGAGGUUGCCAGAUUUUUCCCAGUAGCAUAUUGAGCAUCUUUAAAUAUAAACAGCCUGAAAUGAUUUAAGUUCAGAAAAUGCAAACUGUACAAAAAAAACAUAAAAUUUCCUAAUUAAAAGGGAUGUGUGAUGAUGUGAAUGAGAAAAUAACAAGCAUUGAAAUUGCUGCAUGAAUAGUCAUAAUUAUCAAAAUAUUACCAAAUAUCAAUUAGGAUAUUUUGAUUGAUUGAUUCAGUAUUAAUCACCGAAGCAAAUUUGGUUUAAUUGAGCAAAAAGGCUGCUUUAUUCCACACCACAUAGACUGCUAGUGUUUAAAUGUUAUAUCAGAUGGAGACAGUUACUCAUGAAAACAUUUUGAAGCCAUGAGGAUAGUAAACAUGAAAUUGAAAUAUGAGUUCCGGAAUUUUGACAUAUUCUUUAUUUUGUUGUCGACUUAAUUAAAGAAAUGUUUUUGUUCAUUUAAUAAACUCUAAUGUGACUGUAAUGAAAA